AUGGCCCUGCUCCUGGGCUCUCUGCUGAUCCUGCUGGGGCUGAGGCCGGCCAUGGCUUCCAGGAUCUCCGGGUUCCAGGCCUGCAAGGGAGCAGCCUCGAGCUUGCCGGUGCUCGGAGUGCUGCCCGGAGGCGGCUGGGACAACCUUCGCAACCUGGAGCUGGGGCCGGUCUUGAGGCGCAACUACUCGCAGUGCCGCGUCACGGACGACCGGGAGUACUUGAUCCCGGACCAGGCUCACGUGGUGGCCCGCCGGGAGAGCGUGCUGGAGACCCACUCGGAGAUCAUCCGGGACUGGCGCUCCUACACCGACGCCUUCGCCGUCACCAUCAACGCGGAGGCCUCCUUCCUGUCCGUCCUCAACGGCAAAUUCUCGGCCGCUUGCCAGCGGAGCAAGGUGCACUCCGUGUACGACGAGACGGUCACCGCCCGCGUGCAGGCCCGCCAGCACAUCUACUCGCUGGCCGCGCAGCCGCCCUGGGUCUUGGAGGAAGCCUUCCGGCAGCAGCUGCUGGACAUCAGCGAGCACCUGGAGAACAACCGCAGCCAGCAGGCCAACUACCGGGCCGAGCUCUUGGUGCUGGCCUACGGCACCCACGUCCUCACCGAGGUGGAGGCCGGGGCCAGCCUGAUGCAGGAGGACCAGGUGAGGCGUGCCUUCCUGGAGGACAGCUCCGUCAAGAAGGUGGGCAUCGCCGCUUCCGCGUCGGCCAUCUUCUUCAGCCGCAUCCAGGUGGGAGCCAACAUCACCGGGCAGGUCCAGAACCAACAGCAGUGGGAGUACAUGAAGAACACGGUGAGCUCCAAGAUCCAGAACCACGGCGGGGAGCCCUUUUACCCUGGCAUCACCCUCCAGAAAUGGCAGCAGAGCAUCCGCAACAGGCUGGUGGCCAUCGGCAGGUCAGGACUGCCCCUGCCCUUCUUCAUCACGCCCGAGGCGCUGCCGGAGCUGCCGGUGCCCUCCGUGAGGCGCCUGGCUCUGACGGUGCAGAACGCCAUCCACCAGUACUACGCGGUCAACACCUUCCCGGGCUGCUUGCAGCCCAAAGCCUCCAACUUCAACUUCCAGGCCAACGUGGACGACGGCUCGUGCGAGAAAGCGAAGAAUCGCUUCACCUUCGGGGGCGUCUUCCAGAGGUGCCAGCCAGUGUCUGGGAAGGGUGCCGAGACGUUCUGCCGAUCCUUCCGUAUCCAGAACCCCUUGACCGGGAUCGCCUCUUGCCCCUCCAACUACACCGAGGUGCUCUUGGCCAGCGAGCUGCGGAGCAGCAACGUGCCCAAGAUGGAGUGUCGGAAGCAGUGCAACUCCUGCUACUGGCUCUUCCAGUGCUGCAAGCACAUCUGCGGCGAUUACUUCCACCCCAGCGUGGUGAGCGUGUCCGCCUACUGGUGCGCUCCCACCAAGAGCCCCGAGCUCUCCAAGCCCGGCUUCCUCUUUGGGGGACUGUACACCAAUACUCAGAAGAACCCGCUUACGAAAGCGCAGACGUGCCCCACCUACUUCUACCCCCUGGUGCUCUUUGUAGACCUCAAAGUAUGUGUCAGCAGCAACUAUGAGCUGGGCAAAACCUCUGCCAUUCCCUUUGGAGGCUUCUUCAGCUGCCGUGUGGGCAACCCUCUGGCUGGCCUCCUGAAGGGGCAGAGCCCCGGGAUGCUGAAGGAGAUCUUUUAUCAGGCCAGCACCACGGUGUACCCCAUGAAAUGCCCCCCUGGCUACAGCCAGCACCAAGCCUAUCUCAGUGAAGGGUGCCAGAUCCUCUAUUGCCUCCAGGCAGGAUCUCUAUUUGCCCAACAGCUGGCCCCCAUUCAUCUGCCUCCCUUUCUCCGACCGCCUCUGCUAAAUGAAAGCUCCCUGGAGGAUUCAGAUGCCAACAAGGUCUCGAGGAGGUCGAGCCUUGGCAGAGCCAGUCAAGAGGCCUUGGACUUUGGGGACUUUGAGUAUUCAGGACCCAGUAUGUGGGCUGUUGCUGGAAUCUGGAUGACCCUAGUGACUUCGCUGGUGAUUGUUGCUGGGGUGAUUGUCUGGAUUAUCAGAUACUACAACAAGAGGAAAUAUCUGGGAUUGCCAGUAAGAUAUUCGGGUUCAGAUCAAGGAAUGACUAUGGAGGAGCCCCAAAUCAGUCUGGCAUGA